GGCAAGCGAGCCAGCGAGCCAGCGAGAGAGAGACACACAAGACACCGCGCACCCCAACAGCAGCACGACCGAAGAGAGAGGGCCGUUUUUCGUCUUCUGUUGUCCUGAGAGGGCGAUUUGAUCGCAGCGCAGCGAGCGUCUUUGUUGGGAAAGCAAAUCACACAGCGGUAGCGGUAACUUGCCCCCCCCCCUCCGGAGCGAUCUAACACCCUUGUGUUUGUACCGGUGUUUUCUUUCUGUUGUCGUGUUGGCAACCUUUUUCAUCGUGACAUGCUGCAUCGUCAUGCUGGUCGUCGUCGGGGUCGUCGUCGUCGUCGUUGUUGUUGUUGUUGUUGUUGUUGUUUUGUCUGCACGUGUGACACAGCAGUCCGUUCUGCCCUCUGCCACGACCAGUGCGUUUCGCACAGAUCAUACUCAUUGAUAUUAUUAAUAUUUUUCUAAUACCCUUGCCGUGGCUCAAGGAAGGAUCAACACAAGCUUGGCUCAACGAAGAACAUCGACAAGACCCAGGCGCAUCUGUGCGAAUCACUGCGAAAGCGAACUGUGUUUCAAAUACUCUGCCGUGACGCCAACAACCCUGUUUUUUUUUUUGUGUGUGUGUUUUUGUUUUCUUGCGGCAAGGUUCUGCGGCACAGAAGACGAAGAGGUGGAGCUCGUCUUCAGCCUCAAGGAGAUUAAGGCUCUCCUGCAUUUCAGCGAGACCACGGAGGCGCAGACCCUCGAGAUGCUCUUCCGGGAGGGCGGGGACCCCCUGCUGUUCCAGAGCCACUCCAAGACCUUCGCUGCGGAGCUGAUCAUGGCCACUAUGGAGCCCAAGGUCAUCCGCAAGGAGCCACCGCCGACAGCGGACUCGGAGGCCACGAGGACGCCGGCUUCGCACGAUCAGGGUUUCGACCACAAUCCUUUCGGGGAACAACUGCCUGCAACGGCCGGCGAGGGCUACACCGAUCGUUCGGCUUCUCCCUCGCGACGCCGCGGCCGUGUUCACGACCGGCUUGGCGGCAACGAAGGCGAACAGCAGCAGCGUCAGGACGGCGGGUCGUACGAAGACGACCAGGGCAUUGGCGGCGGCGGCAGCGGCGGCGGCGACGGCUACCGCGUCGGCGGGUAUGAGGAGGAACGGCAGGCACGACUCGGCGACGGGAGAAGCAACGGGCGGCGGCGGGCAUCCAGCGACCACGACCUAACACGAGAGCAGUACGGCGACCCGGGAUGGGAACAGGAGGAGCGGGGAGUGCAACGCGGAGGUCUCGGGGGGCCGGACGACGACGAGGAGGAGGAUGCACAGCAGCGCGAUUCGGAGCUGCCGACUCAGUUCCCGGGGGUGCGGGAAGCAUUCGAGUCGGAGCUGCCCACCCAGUUCCCCGGCGUUGGCAAUGACGAGGACGGUGGUUCGGGCGGGGGCGGCGGCGGCGGCAAGGCUAGAAGAGGGGGGAGUCGGGAGGUUGAUGAGAAGGAGGAGGAGGACGGGGGACCCGUGCAAGGGAGCAAAAGAAGAAGGAGGGUCGUGCACGAGGAAGAGGAGUAGGUGAGGGGGGUAGUAGCUUUGUCUUGGUGAGUGAACCGCUGAUGGCGCACAAUCCUGGAGGUGUAGAUAGUUACCACGCACGGUAGAGUUUGAUAUAUCGUGGGGUGCGGAAAGCGAGAGCAAUACUGUACGCGCGUCGCGCAUGCAUGCGUUCGGUUCGGCGUUGUUGCAGACCUAUGUGUCCACAGUUACGACCGUUGCCGGACGACGACGACCACCGUGUAGGUGUUUUGUAGUGCACACGCGUGAGGGACGCUCGUUUGAUUGAGUGGUAGCACAACGCCAGCGCGCGCCCGUAGCGGCAAGGCAGGUGGUUGAUUGUCGUGUGAAGGGUGAUACCAACUUGUUGUGGCGGUGCUACGGUUAUGGUGGUAGUAGGUUUGUAGUGAUAUGACGAGGGUAACAGAGGCCAGGAAGAGGCGACACGAUUCCUGCAACAACCACAAGCAACC